GAACUCAAACACCUGAUCCUGGAGGCAGCUGAUGGCUUCCUGUUCAUCGUGUCCUGCGAGACCGGGCGCGUGGUGUACGUCUCCGACUCCGUCACGCCCGUCCUCAACCAACCCCAGUCCGAGUGGUUUGGCAGCACCUUGUACGACCAGGUGCACCCGGACGACGUGGGCAAGCUGAGGGAGCAGCUCUCCACCUCUGAGAAUGCCCUGACAGGCCGUAUCCUGGAUUUGAAGACUGGCACUGUGAAGAAGGAAGGGCAACAAUCCAUGAGGAUGUGCAUGGGCUCCAGGAGAUCUUUCAUCUGCCGCAUGAG